GACGGACUGUGUCCGGCGAUGGGCACGGGGUGAGUGGGGAGGCCGAGGGCCCGGGACUGCCUUUCGUCGCUUGUUGGGGUUACAGGUGAAGGGGUUAUGGGUGAAGAACAACCCAGGGCCAGCGCUUGGCCUUCCCGCCACCGUGGCGGCCGCCCCGCGCCGUCUGUGAGGCGCCAGUUCCGGGGCGCUGCUCCCGGCCUCCCCUCGCUCUGAGGCUCGGGGUCCCCAGCUCCGCGUAAACUGCACGAUUUCGCUCUCUGCUCAGCUCCCCUCUGCCCCCUCUUUCCAAGAGAGACUUCCAGAUCCCACAUUUUCUUGACUGAUUUUUAAGGUAAAAAUACAUCUCCCAGAUGCGAUUUUCAGUCUGGACUUUUAGAGAUGAAAUUGUAUCUGAGAACUGGGGAGGGACUCCCGGAGGCUGACGGGAAAGCCAAAGAGCAGGCCUAUACUGCUUGAGUGAACUAUCCUUCAGGAACUUUCAGUUCCCUCCUUUACUCCAACCUGAGUACUAAAUUGAUCUCCCACGACUUUGUAACUGUUAAUGAGGUGCAUUUGGGAGUCGACACAAAUGCAUCACUUCGGAGAAAGAGCCAGCUCCAGAGGUGUCUUCAGAGAAGGCAAGACUGCCAGCUGUCAUCACUGUCAACAGCAGAUUUCACGGGCUGAAAGUGCUUUUUUGUAUUUGAUCUAAGUCUGUGUAAACUGUUUCCUCCCAUUCUCCUAAGAGGUGAGGGCAGUACUCCUCAUGAUCCUCAACUUGUAAAAAGGCCUCCCUGCAUGAAUGGGACUACCACAGGAGCUGGGCAGAGCAUUUCUCCGUUUAUAGCUGUCUGUUUGCAUUCUGAUUGGGAACACUGGGAUCAUUUUCAUCAUGCCGACAGUGGUGGUAAUGGAUGUAUCCCUUUCCAUGACCCGACCUGUGUCUAUUGAGGGGUCCGAGGAAUACCAGCGUAAGCACCUAGCAGCCCAUGGUUUAACGAUGCUGUUUGAGCACAUGGCCACCAAUUACAAGCUUGAAUUUACAGCACUUGUGGUUUUUUCAUCACUUUGGGAGUUGAUGGUCCCCUUCACGAGAGAUUAUAAUACCCUACAGGAAGCACUAAGUAAUAUGGAUGAUUAUGACAAAACCUGCUUGGAGUCUGCAUUAGUUGGUGUUUGCAAUAUCGUUCAGCAAGAAUGGGGUGGUGCAAUUCCUUGCCAGGUUGUCCUGGUGACAGACGGCUGUCUUGGCAUUGGUAGAGGGUCACUGCGACAUUCCCUAGCCACUCAAAAUCAACGAAGUGAGAGCAACAGGUUUCCACUACCUUUUCCUUUCCCAUCUAAGUUAUAUAUCAUGUGCAUGGCGAAUUUGGAGGAGCUCCAGAGCACCGAUUCCUUGGAAUGCCUUGAACGUCUCAUAGAUUUAAACAAUGGUGAAGGGCAGAUUUUUACUAUUGAUGGCCCCCUGUGCUUGAAGAAUGUACAGUCUAUGUUUGGAAAACUGAUAGAUUUGGCAUAUACGCCUUUCCAUGCUGUUCUCAAGUGUGGCCACCUAACUGCUGAUGUACAAGUCUUCCCCAGGCCAGAACCUUUUGUUGUAGAUGAAGAAAUUGAUCCUAUCCCUAAAGUCAUUAACACAGAUUUGGAAAUAGUGGGAUUUAUUGAUAUAGCUGAUAUUUCAAGUCCCCCAGUUCUGUCCAGACAUCUGGUCUUACCUAUAGCACUUAACAAAGAAGGUGAUGAGGUGGGUACUGGCAUCACUGAUGACAAUGAAGAUGAAAAUUCAGCCAAUCAGAUUGCCGGCAAAAUACCCAACUUUUGUGUCCUGCUCCAUGGUAGCCUAAAAGUGGAAGGAAUGGUAGCGAUUGUUCAAUUAGGUCCUGAAUGGCAUGGAAUGCUCUACUCCCAAGCUGACAGCAAGAAGAAAUCAAACCUCAUGAUGUCUCUCUUUGAGCCUGGCCCAGAACCUCUCCCAUGGCUAGGGAAAAUGGCACAGUUGGGUCCUAUUUCAGAUGCUAAAGAAAACCCUUAUGGCGAGGAUGACAAUAAGAGUCCAUUCCCCCUGCAGCCCAAAAACAAACGCAGUUAUGCCCAGAAUGUGACUGUCUGGAUCAAACCCAGCGGCCUGCAGACAGAUGUACAGAAGAUUUUAAGAAAUGCAAGGAAACUACCUGAAAAAACACAGACAUUCUAUAAGGAGCUGAACCGUUUGCGAAAGGCCGCUCUAGCCUUUGGUUUCCUGGACCUGCUGAAAGGGGUGGCUGACAUGCUGGAAAGGGAAUGCACACUGCUGCCUGAGACAGCCCACCCUGAUGCUGCAUUCCAGCUGACCCAUGCUGCCCAGCAGCUCAAGCUGGCCAGUACCGGCACCUCUGAGUAUGCUGCUUAUGACCAGAACAUCACACCUUUGCACACAGACUUCUCUGGGAGCAGCACUGAAAGAAUUUGAAACUGACUUUUGGAGCUUUCCUUCUUUUUUCAACUGAAAAUGAUUUAGGUAAAAACCUUUCCAGUAUGUUCACUUCUCGAAUAGCCACCCAAAGACCUUCCUGAGGCUGCCUCAGAAGCACCACUUGCUGUUUUGAAUGACUCUACUAGUAUGAGAAGGAUGUGAAGGUGGUUGGCUGGUUGGGCUUUAACUUCCUGGGAUUCAUAAUUUUUAAGCUUGGAAGAUAGCUGCUGUUCCCAUGAUGGGCACAUUUCCUGAGAAGCUUGAAUGACUGAUGAGCAUAGAGCACCCCUGCCUUCCUCAGGAAACCUGACCGGCAAGGGCUCUCUGGCUUCCUGAAAGCUUCGCCUCUUCCCUCGUUUAUAUCUCAACUGUAAGGGCAUUUUCAAGCUUCUGUUCAUGGAAUGAGCAACUCAGACUGUCUGGAGCUUGCUGAGUACAAACACACCACCACUAAGUUUCAGAACUUUCCUUAGAACUUGGGCAAAAUGUGGUGGUAACUCUUAAGUGCUUUUGGUAUCUCUUGAGAUUCUAACUUUUAAAGAGCAACCAUUAAUGUGUAAAAUGAUUCCAGUUUCUUCAAGGUUUUUUUUUUAAUGAAAAUAAAAUAUUUGAUUUUCUAGAAAA